AUGAAAGUCGUUGUCGUGGGCUCUGGCAUUGGCGGCAUCUCCGCUGCGUUCCACUUGGCCAGAGACGGCCAUGAAGUGGUGCUUCUCGAGAAAAACGCAGCGAUUGGGGGCCACACGCACGGACUGGAGAUCGAUGGCGAGAUGGUCGACAUCGGCUUCAUGAUGUUCGGGGACUCGAACCCCAACAUCAAAGAAUGGUUCAAAUUCCUCGGGGUCACGCAACCCGAUGGCACCACGAGGAAGCGCAUCCCCAUGAGUCUCACCGUCACUUCAGACGUGCACGGGGACCUGCAGUUCUCGUCCCGCGCCCCGUUCCACGGGAGUGUCCUCAACUACUUUGACCGCCGCAUCUGGCGCGUGCUCAUCGACAUCUACAAAUUCACCAUGGACCUGAUGCAAAUGCCGGUGAAGAAGGCCAUGACAACCCGGGAAUGGGCUGCUAAAGGUCGGUACUCGAACGAGUUCAUCCGCCACUACUUCCUCGCUUUCGUGUCGAUCCUCUGGACAGUGCCAAAGGACGACGUGCUGGACCUGCCCGUGACGCAGUUCCUCCGAUGUCUCAAGACACACUCCAACUCGCUCUAUAUCCCAUUGUGGCAGGUGAUUCUCGGUGCCCUGGGCCGUCGCACGGAUCGGCCCAAGCACCUCUGGUGGUUUCUUGGCUCGGGUUACAUUGACCCUUUUCUCAAGGUGUUUACCCAAGAGUACAACGGUACGGUCCGCUGCAAUGCGACGGUCAACCAGGUUGAAAGAGGUGGCAAGGCUGUGGUGUUUGAAGAUGGCGAGCGCAUUGAAUGCGACCACGUUGUGCUCGCUACGCACGCCGAUGAGAGUGCGGAGCUCCUUCGGUGGAGUGACGAGGCGCACCGCUCACUGAUGCGGUUCCGCUUCCACAAGAGCAUGAUUUACGUCCAUCGCGAUCCAGUCAUGCUGCCGCCCUCGAACAAGGUCUGGAGCAGUUGGAACGUCUGCAUCACAAAAGACGAGCAGUACAUCCUGACGUACUGGAUCAACCGUAUCCAACGUCUGAACAGCAAGAAGAAUGUCUUCGUGACGAUCGCACCGCAUAACUUCCAGGGCCAACGUCCUGCUUCUGAACAGACGAUCUCUGCUUUCCGCUGGGACCACCCGCGUUUACUCGCAGACUGCAUUCCGCAAGACGAGAUUAUCCAGGAAGAGGGCAUCUCUCUUUCUGGUGCUUGGCUGGGUCGUGGCUUUCACGAAGAUGGGUUUGUUGCAGGGCGUCGAGUGGCAGCGAUCCUCCGCGAUCCGAAGCACAAGAAGACGGCCUUGUACGAAGACCCGGGCAACAUCAUAGUACCAGCUGUACCUGCUUUUGGUAUCCCGUUGAGCUUAUACCUGUUUGGAGUGACUGCAUGUGGCCUGGUAGGCUACGGAGCUGCCAAGCUGCUGAAGAUGGAAUAG